AUGCCUCUGCGCCUUGACGUUAAGCGCAAAUUAUCCGUUCGAUCAGAUCGUGUUAAAUGUGUUGAUAUUCAUCCUAAUGAACCAUGGAUUUUGGUAACACUUUAUAAUGGUCAUGCGCAUAUUUAUAAUCAUGAAACUCAACAAUUAAUUAAAACAUUUGAAAUAUGUGAUGUACCUGUUCGUGCUGGUAAAUUUAUUGUUCGAAAAAAUUGGGCAGUUACUGCAUCUGUAAAUAUUAUAUUUAUUUAUUAA